GACAGAAUUCUUGGACUGUUGUGAUCGUUGUUGUUUAAAAAUUUGAUAUACACUCGAGUAAUUGCUGCUCGUGUUAUCUUCAAAAAUCAAUUUUUAAAUGAUAACGAUAGCUUGACAUACUAUGUUUGUGUUUGGUUCGCUUGAAGAUGAAUUUUUUCAUUUGGAUUCUGGCGCUGAGUCUAACCGUGACAGGAGGUGGCGCGGAUGGGAAGUUGAAGAUUCUAGCGCUGAUGCCGUACAACGGGAAGAGCCACUUUUAUUUCGCCCAGGUUCUGUUCGAGGAACUGGCAAUACGCGGGCACGACGUUACGGUGCUUAGCCAUUUUCCGAGGAAGACGCCUCUGACGAAUUACCGCGACAUCAGCAUGACCAGUGAAAUAUCGAAGGGUGUGCACGGCGUUAGUAUGGAAGACAUGAGCGCCAGGAGCCUGUACUCUAAGAUGAUGGUGUUUUUCGACAGAGGACUGUACCAAGUCUGUCACGAAGGACUGGCCCAUCUGAACGUCCAGAAGCUCCUGAAGUCCAACGAGCACUACGACCUCCUCAUCACCGAGAUGUUCAACACCGACUGUUUCCUGGGCUUCGUGUACAAGUUCGGCGCACCCCACGUGUCCAUUCGCACGUCGCCCCUGUCAACUUGGGCAGUGGAUCGAACUGGGAAUCCUGAUAACCCGUCCUACAUACCGGGUACCACUGCUGGACACCCUUCCAGAAUGAACUUGCUGCAGAGGCUGGACAAUCUGGUCUACAACGUGUUCUACAAGAUCGUGUACAGGAUUUACGACGUUUACUGCGAGCAGGUGGCCAUGAGGUAUUUCGGGAAGGAUAUGCCUCACCUGGACGACAUCGCGAGGAACGCCAGUCUCUUUCUAGUGAACAGCCACUUCGUGCACCAGUACUCGAAGCCGUUGGUUCCGACCGUGAAGGAGGUGGCUGGUCUGCACGUGAGAAACCCCAAACCUCUGCCGAAGGAUUUGGAAAAUUGGAUAUCGGGAGCGAAGCAGGGCUUGCUUUACCUGAACCUCGGCUCGAUGCUCGCGGCCUCGAGCAUGGCUGCGGAGAAGAGACAAGCCUUCCUCGAGGCAUUUCGACAGCUCGAGGGAUAUCGCGUACUCAUGAAGUGGGACGACGAGGAGAGUGGCGUUGAGAGUCUGCCUGGGAAUGUUAAGCUGAUCAAGUGGGCGCCGCAGAACGACGUUUUACACCAUCCGAAUGUGAAGCUGUUCAUCUCGCACGCGGGGAUGUUGGGGACGAUAGAGGCGCUUCACGCUGGAGUUCCGAUGGUGGCGAUUCCGUUCUUCGGUGAUCAGAUGACCAAUGCUCGGUUGCUCGAGGAACGAGGCCUGGGAAUUGUAUUGGAGUACCGGGACAUAACCUUCGAAACCGUGAACAGGACGUUGCACAGAGUUCUCCAACCCAAAUACGCGAAGACAGCCAAGGAGCUUUCCGACGCUUUCCGUGACAGACCGAUGCCACCGUUGGACGAAGCCGUCUAUUGGAUCGAGUACGUGGCUCGACACAAAGACACAGCGGCAGUGAGGCUCAUGCGUACACCUGCACUGGAUCUUCACCUCUAUCAGUAUUUUCUACUCGACGUACUAGCUUUAAUCUUUUUCGCACUGUUAACCUUUUUCUGGUGUCUAAGACAGUUGGGAAGAACCAUCUAUAAGCUUAUUGCCAGAAAACAUGACGAGAGCUCGAAAAAAUCGAAGAAGAAGAAAAAUUGAGUAUGAACAAAAAUACAUUUUUUUACUCUCCGAAA